AUGGGUAAAAAGAAAAUUGAUAUAAAUACAAGAGAAGAUUUAUUUUUAUCAUAUUAUAAAGAAAUUGAAAAAAAUAAAUUUGAUCUUUUAAAAAUUUGCAGUGACAAAAAUUUUUCAAAAUCAAAUUUUUUAAAAGCAGUUCACUGUUUAUUUUCAUUAUCAUAUUUUUGUAAAAUUAAAGAUGAAAAUGAAGAAGAAGAAGGAAAAGAAGAAGAAAUAAAUGAUUACAAAGUUAAAAAAAGCACAACUGGUAAUUAUUACAGAAAUUCCGAAGGCAAAUUAUUUAAAAAAUCAAAUGAAAAAGAUCAAAUAGAUGAUGUUUCCAUAUUUUAUAAAAGAUUACCAACAAUCCAAGAUUUUAAAGACACAUAUGACAAAUAUGAAAAUUGUUUAAAUUCAGUUUAUUAUAUUAUUAGAAAAAUUAAAUUAUUACAUUUGGAAUAUUUUUGGGAAAUUUUAGCUUCUUGUUAUGGAACGAUAUCAUUUAUUAAAUUUUUUAAUAUAUUUUCAAAUGAAAUAUUUUCACCAAGUGAAAAUGGAGAUUCAGUUUUUAUAAUGGUUGGAAAAUUUUUUAGAAGAAAAGUAAGAGCAGAGACACAUUAUGAUUUAAUAUUUUUAAAAAUCAUAUUGGCCAACGCAUCAAUACCAAUGAUUUUAAAACUUGGAGUUAAAGAUAUAGGUAGAUUUACAGAAAAGGAGGAUAUUAUAGUAUCAUAUUAUAGAAACUUUUCAAUAAUUCAUUCACUUAGAUUUGAUAAUGUUAAAGAGUUUGCAUUAGUUUAUAAAACUUUAAAGAAUAAUUAUCCAUCAAAAAAAAAAAAAAAAAUUACACUUUUUGAAGAAAAUGGGAAAAUUAAUGUUAAAACAUCAAAAAAAGAUUUAAUGCUAUUCGAAUUUGUUUGUAAAUUUGAUUGUGUUAAAAUUUUUAAGAAAUAUUUUUUACCAAAACCUCAAAUUAUUAAUAAUAAUGAUAAUAAUGAAAUGUUAGAAUGUAUUAGUAGUGGAUCAUAUUCAGGAUUUGAUGAAAAGAGUAAACGUAAAAUUAGAAUUUUUUUUUCAAUAUGUUGCAGACAAAUUUCACCUAAAAUCUUAAAAUGCAUUGUCGAUUAUGUCAAGGAUGAUAUUGGUUUUUUAGAUUUACAAAAUAGGCAAGAUAUUUACAUUGGAGAUUCAGCACCUGAAAAAGUUUUAUUUCUAAAUUGUUUUUUUGGUAAUCAUAAAGAACAACGUGUUAUAGAUUUUUUUAAUCUCCUUACAUCCAAAUCAAUUAUAAUAUGUAAUACUAUUAAAGAGAAACCGGAACUUUAUGAUUAUCGUUAUAUUACAUUGUCAACUGUUGAUUCUACAUUUUAUUUUUCUGAUAGUCAUAAAGGUGCUGAUUUUGGUGUUUACACUGAUGAGAUUAAUGUUAUUAUUAAUAAUGAUGAUAUUGAUUAUGAUUAUAUUGGUGAUGAUGAUAAUGAUGAAGAAAUAGAAGAAACAAAAGAUUAUGGUAGUAGUAGUAGUGAUAUUGAUGAUUUUUAUAAUGUAUUUGAACCAAAAGCAUCAAUGAUACCAAAUAUAUUGGAUUCUUGUAGUUUGGAAAUACUAAAAGCAUAUAUUCAAAAUAUAACUGGAAAUGGUUUAUUCAAAAUAAGUCCAUCAUUAUUUUUAGCACAUGAUGUAACUAGAUUAGUUAGAAAUCCAAAACCAAAAACAGAAACUGUUGUUAAAAUAUUGGAAUUCAUUAAUACAAUUUCAAGACUUUCAGAAUUAUCAACCAACGGUGUUCCUUUCACUUUUUUAACUAAUAGAUUCGAAAUUGUCACUAGUAUAAUUAUGUCAUUACAUGAUGAACGAUCUAUUUCAAAUUCUGUUGAACCAGUUCAAUGGUUACGUGCACUUGCUCCAUUUGUUUCAAAUGAUGAAAUGAAAUUAAUUAUAUACAAAGUUAGAACUCUUUACAACUAUGAACCACAUUCAAAUGGUGAAAUCAAAUAUACCGAAUUAGUUAGAUUAUUUGAUGUUCAAUAUCUUUUAACUAAAGGUAAAUUUUCACUAUCUCAAUUUAAUGGUUUUGAAACUUCAAUUUUUUUAAAUCCAAAAUUACUUGAUGGUACUAUUAAUUCAAAUAUUUUAAAUUCAAUGAUUAUUAAAGACAAAGAAAAACUAGACUUAAAAGAAUUAUUUUUUAAAGAAAAACCACUUUCAGAAGCUGAACUUAAAGAAAAAUUUGAAAUUGCUACAAAAAAUGAAAAAGAGUUAUUGGACCAAUUAAAAAAAGAAAAUGAUGCUGAAAAAUUAAAAAAGAAAAAUAAAUUAAAAAAACAAAAAAAUCAACAACAACAACAACAGGCUAAACAACAAGCUCAACAACAAAAACAACAACACCAACAAAAUAUUCAACAAAAUUAUGAAAAUCAACAUAUUGAAGACCAACGAAAAUUUAACCAACAAACCAAAGGUCGACCUAUCUCUCCUUCAUCAAUUCAAAACCAAAAUUUAAAUCCAACUUUAUUACAAAAUCAAAAUCAAACUUCAAACCCAACACCAAAUUUAGAGUCAACAAAAAAAGCAACACCGACAACAACAACAACAACAACAACAAAUUCCAAUACAUCAGCAAUUAUAAAUGAAAUUAAAAAUCAAGAUUUAAAUCAACAACAAAAUAUAACAGAAAAUAUAAAUGAAAUAUAUGAUGUUUCAAUUGGUAAAUUUAAAUUUAAUAAAAAAGAGUCAAAUAUAUUGGGUAGAGGAUCAAAUGGUACAUUAGUAUUUAAAGGUAUUUGGAAUAAUAGAAUACCAGUAGCAAUUAAACAAAUGCAAAAGAUGUUUAACCCAUUAAUUAGUAAAGAAAUUGAAAUUUUAAUUGGUUUAACCAAUAAAAACUUAAAUUUAGUUGGAUACAUUGAUCAAGAAGAAGAUGAAAAUUGUGUUUACCUUGGUUUAACUCUAUGUGAUGGUUCAUUACAAUCUUUAUACGAUCAAUCAAAAUUAAAUGAAUUUAUUAAUCAAAAUAAUAAUCAAAAUAAUAAUAAUAAUAAUAAUAGAGUAUUGGAUUUAAUUAUUGGAAUGAUAAAUGGUGUAAUAUUUUUACAUGAUCAAAAUAUAGUUCAUAAUGAUUUAAAUCCAAGAAAUAUAUUAGUAAAAGAUAAUAGAUUAAUAAUUUCAGAUUUAGGUUUAAGUAAGAUGAAUGUUAGUUCAACUUAUAAUUUCUCAACAAAUGCAAUUCCAACUGGUCAAGAUGGGUAUCAUCCUGUUGAAGUACUUUUAGAGAAAAGAAAAACUAAAUCAGUUGAUGUUUUUUCUUUAGGUUGUUUAAUUUAUUUUAUAAUGACAAAUGGUGCUCACCCAUUUGGUGAUAAAUUCUCAAGACUUCGUUAUAUCACUAAAAGCAAAUACAAUCUAUCUCAAUUAUCAAAUUUAAAUUUAGUGGCAACUCAUUUAAUUGAAUUGAUGAUAUCAUAUGAUGAGAGUAAAAGACCGACCCUAUCAUCAGUUUUAAAACAUCCUUUGUUUUGGGACAGUUUAAAGAAAAUUAAGUUUUUAGAAUCUUCUUUACGUUUAUUGGGUGAUCAUGAUUUUAAGAAAUUCAAUAUCAAUAAAAUAUUAAUUAGUUGUAAUAGUAAUAGUAGUAGUAGUAAUAGUAUUUGUAAUAGUAGUAAUAGUAGUAGUAGUAGUAGUAGUAGUAUUAGUAGUAGUAGUUGUAAAAUUAGUAGCAGUAGUUGUUAUUGUGUACCAUUACCUUGGAAUCAAUCACUCGAUUAUCAAUUAGUGGAUUCUUUAUCAAAUCAAAUUGAAAAAAAAGUAGCAUCUUAUAAAUUUGAUCAACUUCAUGAUUUAAUUCGAUUCAUCAGAAAUACUCUACAACAUUAUAAUCAAAUUUAUAGAGAUUUAAAACAAAUUUUACCAAAUAGUGAUAUUUUAGAGUCAUUAAAAUCACAACAGUCGGCUUUAAAUUAUUUCGAAUCCAAAUUUCCAACUCUAAUAAUUUUUUUAUUUAAUCAUUUUAGUGCUAUACCUGAAAUUAAAAAUUCUAUCCAUUUUUCAAAUGAUACUUGUUCAAUUUUUUAA